AUGACUAUGGAGACGGGGCCGAAGGUUCUGGAAGUCUUGCUGGACGCCGCGCCGGAAUGGAGACAGGCGAAGAGCCUGCGGCGGGCCAAGGCUGUGCGCUGUUGCCAGGCGCUGUGCGGCCUGGGUUCGGCCGGGGAGGGCCUGAGCUUCACUGCCCGGUGUCAGGACUCAGGCCGCUGCUGCCGGAGGAGCGUGGCCGCCCGGGCCGGCAAGUUCACCGAGUUUGUUUGGGAAGCGACUGAGACUUUGCAGGCUUCACCCACUAGGGAGCGGCUUCUUGCUCUCAAUAGCUGCAAUGACCUGGGGAUCUACGAGCUCCGUAUCCAGGAUGGCAUCUGUGACGUCACCAAUACUCACAGUUGUAGUAAAGAAGCACUGAAGAAGCUGGCUGAAAGCAAGAACCUGAAUCUGCCGUCGCCUUUUACCAUGAAGAUCCUGUCAUUUAAAAGCAGCAAAUCCUGCGUACUGUUAGAUAAUUGCAUGUUGCUCCAUCUGACUUGGUUGGAGGGCACCUCAGAGGCAGCUGAUUUAAGUGGCUUUAAGCUUUGCCUGCCACCUGGUGCUCCAGAGAGAAUAACAGAUGGCCAGAUUCGCCAAGAAAUACUUUUCUUAUUGGACAGUACAGGCUGGAUAUAUGUCUAUGAUACUAUGGAUGGUAAGCAGCUUGGUAGUGUUAAUCUUGCCCUUUGCCAUGCUGAAGAAACUGAAGAGGCAAAUGAUGUAUGUAACCGGUCCUACCUGAACAAACUCUGGUUAUCAUAUGACUUGGAUGUUGCUGUGGCUGUGAAUUGCUUUAACUGCGCUGUUUGUGUCAACUUGAAUAAUUUUUUCAGAAAGCACCCUGAACACUUGCAGUGUACAAGUAAAGCUUCUGAUGAUGCACCUUUGAAAGCACCCGCUGGCAUCGAUGAGGAUGACCUUGCCAGUUCCAUGUAUAGUGAUAAAGUGCUCAACCUAUCAUUCCAAACAGAUAGGUCUUGGAAAGCCCGCCUGGGAGUUUUCUACAACCAGACUAAAGUAUCGUCGACAGAAGGAUUCUUGAAAAGGUCUCCAUGGUAUCACCAUCUGUCCUGUCGGAAUUCUAAUGAUGCAUCCUGCCAUGUUAAUUUUCAUAAAUCUCCUGUAGUGUGCCAUGAUGAUGCUGCUAAAAGCUUUGGACAGAAAGAUGAUCUGAACAACAGAGCAAAUAAAUUGGGAGGGAUGGUGCAGCUACAGGGGCUCAAGGAAUCCAUGAGCCUUGAGACAGUGUCUGUUUCUGAAUUCAGUGUUUUAUUCACUCUUGUUGCACCUGACUCUGGAGCAUUGACUGUCGCUUUCUGGGACUUGGAAACACAAGAGGUGAAAUAUCAUCACAUCGAUGGCCAUUCCUUACCAGUGGAAGGGGAUGGGAAGGAUGAAUUAUGCCUGUUUCUCACAGAUGCUGGCCUUUCCAUGGUGGUGUUUACUUUCUCGCAAGAAGAUCUAUUGAAUCGUUUAAUGAUUUAUGGGAAAGCAGGUAUUGUCGAUUCAGUGUGCCAUCUCAAUCAUUGGAAUCGAUGUUCAAUUCCCAUCCAUGCAUUAGAGGCUGGAAUUGAGAACAGACAGCUGGACAUGGUCGAUUUUUUCCUGAAGAGCAAAGAAAAACUAUUUUGUGCCCCAGCAGGAUUUUUGGUGCAGGAACGUUCUGAAGCUCUGAUAACAUCUUCAAUGCAGUUAACAAAUGUUGAAGAAAUUAAGCCAGCUUUAGAUUUGCUGUGUUCAGCCAUCAGGGUGAAUGAUUCCGAAACUCAGAGCAAACAGUUCUCCGAACAGCUUCUCAACCUUACACUGACAUUUCUCAACAAACAAAUGCAAGAGCUCCUAGUGCAGUCAGGAGAGUUGGACAAGUAUAAACAAAGAUGUGUGGAUUAUCUCACCGGUUAUAUUAUUAAGCUCCGUAAAUUUAUGAAGAAAUAUCCUCGGACUCCUCCAAAUGAGACUGUGACCAGAGAUUGUCUGGAUGAAGAAAAUGCUUUACCAGAUGGUAAUCAGGCUUAUGGAAAGUGGAAGAAUCUAAAUACUAAUGAAGUCGUUCGUGAUGCAAUACUAAAUAAUCAGAUUCCCCGGGCUCAGGGUUAUUUCACAGCCCAGCAGAAACCAGCGAAGAAUCUGAACAAACUCGUGCAAGCUGGUUUAAACCUAACGUAUGACUGCCUUUUAAAAAAGGACUUGCAGGAGGCUAGGCAACUUCUAAAAAACAUGGGAUUUGAUGUGAAGAAACAACUGCACCGUAUCUGCUGCUACACAGCUAAUCGAGAUCUUCGAGAUUUCCUGGUGGAAAACCUCCAGGACUAUUUAUCUGUCGAAGAGAAAGAGAUGGUGAAAUUUGCUCAUUUGGUAGAGAAUCUGUAUGCCGCCUCCCCGCACACCUUGGAAUGUCCUUUGCAUAGCAGCUUAUUCCAGGUUGAGAAUAUUGAUCCCAGGUUUGCUGCUAUCCUGGAGCAAGUCGUGAGCCAUGAGGUUGGGAUUGCUGAGUACCCAGAAAGAGAUCCAAACUCCUGUGUGGUCAUAUUGGAUUGGGCUCAAUGGUGGGAUAAGGUUGCAAAGGAGCGAGUUAAGUUAUCUAGAGAAUUGGAUAUAGCAAUUCAGUCUUGUAGUCCCGAGGUAUUAUGGACCUACCUCACUUCCAGACAUAACUGGGCCAAAAUUUGUGACUGGAUUGAAAGCUUCCAGAAUAGCGGGAGUUCUGCAAAUUGGCCACCCUUGACACCCGAUACUGUGAAUCAGAACACAUGUUGCAGUAACUACAUGAGAAAUGAGAUACUAGAUAAAUUGGCAAGAAAAGGAGUAUUCAUCCCUUCAGAGCUAGCAGACUUCAGACAGCUCCUGGUAAGACUAAGCUGUACAGGGGGAGUGAUGCAAGAACCUCACCCAGUUCCAGUGUACCAGUCCAUUGAUGGGCUUGACUUCCACAGCUGUUUCAUCCUGUACUGCCUUGAGCAUGAGCUGCGCUAUCUUUUGUAUGCUUACCUGGAUUAUUAUGGGUUAAAACCCUCCAAUUGCCCUUUUCUGGAUGAUGGAAGUCUCCACGUGGCCCACCCCUGGUUUGAAUUUUUAAUGAGAAUAAGAGAGGUUGCUGACAAUCUAGGAGAUACAUCUGUGACAUUCCAAGCAAGCCUGGCCAAUGCUCAAAUGCUGAUUCCCAGUAAUCAAGCUAGUGUCAGUAGCAUGUUGCUGGAGGGGCACACUCUGAUGGCAUUAGCUACCAUUAUGUUUGCUCCUGGAGGAAUUGAUCAGGUGAUGCAGGAAAGAAAAGAGGUUGGUGAUUCUCUCUGGAAAGUAGAUCCGCAGCUGUUGAAAAUGGCACUGGCACCUUAUCCCAAGUUACGGGCUGCUCUUUUUCCACAGCUCACCCCUCACGGCAUUCCACCACUGGACAUCUCUCUCUACCAUCUUUUACAGUCAUUACAUCCCUUUGAUCCAUCACACCUCUUUGGCUGGCAGUCUGCCAACUUGCUUUCCACUUCUGACUUAUCGAAUGACUUACCUCAUUUUUCUUGCCCUGACUUGGUGAAUAAAUACGCCAUAGCUGAACGAUUAGAUUUUUCCUACUACUUACGACAUGGGCGGCCAUCAUAUGCGUUUGCAACUUUUCUGGUACAGCAGCUGGCAAAGAGCAAUUCACCCAAACAGUUGAUACAUCAAGCAAGCAUUGAGGCAUACGCCCUAGGAUUAGCUCAUUUCACUGUACCCCCUGUUGCUGCAGCAUGUGUUGCCUUUCUUGAAUUACUUGGUGUUGCCAGCUUUAAACUCAGAAUUGAUCUUAAAGUUGCAGAUGCCAUUUUGAAACAUUGGUGCACAAAUGCAGAAGAGACUCAACACAGUUUGCUACAAGACACCUUGGCUGAAAAACUUCAGAACUUUAUUGAAUUUAAUGGAUCCUCAGCAGAGGAGUUGCUAACCCAUUUAGAAAAUGCCACUUGGGAGAACUUACAAAGCAGAGGUAUAAACAGGACAUCUUUUGAAGCUGGUCAGGAGUGGUCACUGGUGGCCCAAUUCUGUGGGCUUCAUGGCAUCACCCUCAGCAUAGCCUACCUCCAGGAAUGUGCCCGAGAGGAUGAGUGGCUGCAGUUUGUGAUCUUUGCUCAGAUUCACAACUACCAACCUGAUGAGGUGAAGGCGCUACUGAAAGACUUCAGUCCAACUCUUCAGGAUCACCUGACACUAGCUUUUCAGAAUUUGCAGUUUGCCUCACAAGAAAACCCAGUGAGCUGUGCUGUGACCAAGAAGGAACCCAACGAGAAGGGCGAGUCUCCAGUGGAUCUUUUUCAAUUUCUCUAUUGGUGCCAGGAGAAGCCAAAGCCUUGGCGUUAUCUUUUGAGUGAGGCAGUGCGACACAGUGCACCAGUGUUGAGUAUCCUGGCUGCAUGUUUUCAGGAAACCGAUGUUCUUCAGUGUCUUUGUGUUUGGGUUAUUAUGUCAUCGGAUGAUGUGAUCAUCUCUGAAGCUACAAAGCACAUUAAUGAUUCAAUAGAGUAUCAUGAAUGGAAUCUUCAUGAUUUGUCGCUAAUGUGGAAAGUGUUACUGGAAAGAAAAAAAAGUAAACAACUUGUCCGAGGAUUUCAGCUUUUCCAGAGGGACUGCCCCUGGCUCCACAUGCUGGAGGUGUACGAAAUGUGCACAGAACACAAAAAUUAUCAAGAAUCAAAGUUGAAACUUCAGGAGUUCCAGAAAUGCCUACUGUCUUUAAAGGCUGCAGAUUCAGCAGACGCUGAAAUCCCAAUACAGUGGAUGGAAUCGCAAGCUGGUGUGCUUCUGAAGUUAAUGAUGCGACAGUGUCCAACACAGUAUGAACUUGGGAAGCUGCUGCAAAUACUGGCUGAGGUGGACUGUGCCCUCAUAAUAAAUGGACUAGAUUUCCGAAAACUGAGCAGGCUCAGCCAGCUUCUGCAAGACACCUCAAUCUCCAUUGAUCACUCCCUGCUCAUUAAUGACAGCACAGAUACCUUGCAGAAUGUGUGUGGGAAAAUUCUGGACCAACUGCAGAAGAAGGGGCUUUUUGUUUUAGCUAGACAGGUGGCUGACCUAGCCCAGCUUCCGCUAGACCAUUUGGUGGCCCAUGAGGUAACUCAGGAAUUACAAAAUUUGAAGCAACAUGGUCAAUGGCAAAGAAAAGAGACGAGGAUGAAUUUUUGGAAGAAAUGCCAUGAUGGUUUCAAAAAUAACUUGAUCUCCAAUUUAGUUGCUUCUGAAUUCUUUCUGUCCCAGGCCAACGAAAAGCCAUCCAUUAAACCACAACUGGCUUCAUCUUUCAAAGAACAGUUCCUGAACAUUCAGGAAAGAUGUCUGCUUUUGACCAUGGCUGGCCACUGGUUGUCGCAAAACAAUCCUCCAAUCCUGGAUCAGUUGGAAGAGGUAGAGAAGAGGAUUUGGUUGUGCCGCAUCAGACAGCAGGCUUUGCUGAUGUCCACAGCUUUGAGAUUUGCUUGGCAGAUUUCUGUCUGUGGCGAAAUGUCCUUUGAUAGUGCUACCAAAGAGUUCAUGUUCUCAAAAUUGCCUGCUCUGAACUCACCACAAUACCUCAAGCUUGAAGGAUUUCCAAAUAAGGACACAGCUUCCAACUGUAGACUAGACACCACAGAAAAAGAGGCUCUUAAUAUUUUGAUUGCCGAGCUGUUAGAUGGAGGCUGCAUUCACGAAGCCAGCAGAGUCUCUAGGUAUUUCGAAUUUUACAACCAAGAUAUAUCUCUAGUUCUCCACUGCAGAGCCUUGGCUUCAGGAGAAGUGCAGACUACAGAUUUUCACCCCUCGAUGCAGAUCAUCUUGACUACAGGAGCAUCUUUUAACGAAGAGAUAGGACUCCAUCGAAAAAGGAUUCCAAGUUUGAGCAGUACAGCCUCAUCAUUUGCCCACUAUCCAGAAGAAGACAUUGUUAAAGACCAGAUUGUUAAGGAUCUGAAAAUCCUCACAAAUGAGUGCCACCAUGGAAAGAGUUAUUGUCGUCAAGUCUUUAGUUUGUAUGAACUCUCAAAGGAGCUUGGCUGUUCUUUCAAUGAUAUAUCAACCCAAGAUCCUGAUACUGUUCUGCGAGAAGUGUUAUCAUCUCAACGGUCUGAUCGAUAUAAAAAAGCCCAGGCGUUUAUCACUACCCAAGGACUGAAGCCAGAAGCGGUGGCAGCACUUAUAGCUGAUGAAGUGGUUCAGGCUUCACUGUCCUCAGCAGAAGCCAAAGGAGUGAGGCAGAUCUAUAACCCCAUCGAUGGGAAAGAGGCCUUCCUGCAGCUCAUUAAACUGUGCCAAGACCCAAUCCUCGUUGGCACCAAGCUGUUGGAUAAAAUUUCAUCCAUACCAAAUGGGGAGCUGGAGUGCACUGUAGAACUGCUCAUUUUGGCACAUGACUGCUUUAGCCUAACCUGUCACAUGGAGGGGAUCAGUAGAGUGUUGCAAGCUGCACGCCAUCUCAGUCACAAACACCUGGCACCCAAAGAAGAGUACAGCCUCAUGGUUCGGCUGGUCACUGGAAUUGGCCGAUAUAAUGACAUGACGUACAUAUUUGACCUGCUGCAUGAAAGUCAUAGAUUUGAAAUGCUGCUGAGGAAAAACGUUGAAUCGAAUGGAGACCUGAAGACGGCUUUGCUAGACUACAUCAAGCGCUGUCUCCCUGGGGAUAGUGAGAAGCACAACAUGGUGGCUUUUUGCUUCAGCAUGUGUCGCGAGAUUGGGGAAAACCACGAGGGUGCAGCCCGUGUACAGCUUAAAAUUAUAGAGUCACAACCCUGGGAGGUGACUCCUGAAUUGAAGAAAUCGCUACUGAAGGUCUUGACUUUUCUCAAAGAUGCUGCUGAGAGCUACUCAAAGGACUCAUGUAUCCGACGUGCCUCUCAGUGUGUGAAACUAGCCAAACUGGUGACUCUCCAGCUCCACUUUCUAAACAACAAUCAGGAUGUGCAGUUAGUUAAUCUGCAGAGAAAUGACCUGAUGCCUUGUAUCCUCUCUUUGCCAAGGUUCUAUCAGGCUGCCAUAGUUGCAGAGGCAUAUGACUUUGUACCUGAUUGGGCAGAAAUGUUGUAUGAACAUGUUAUUGUUCAUGGUGAGUUUGCCUACCUGGAGGAGUUUAAGCAACAGCAUCACCUACAGCACAGUCUGUUUGAAGAGGUUUCAAAAAAGUUUAAACAACACAAGGGAGAUGCUGCUGCAAGUCAGAACCUGAAGAGGUUACUGCAGUACUGCGAGGACAUCUACCUGUUUUACAAACUGGCUUAUGAGCAUAAUUUCACUGAUAUAGCAAACAAGCUCCUUAAAGAACCUCAAACAAGCUGCUACCUGAAUGACAUGAUUGCUAGUUAGCUGUUGGUACUCAGUUUUCAGCAGUGACAAACAUUUUUAAAUGCAAUCUGAACAAAUGUUAUAUAUAUUGUAAUUGUGUAAAUAGCUUCACACUAGUAAAACAAUUAUGGCACAGACUAAAAACUAACCCUGUGUACUCCUGAAUCCGAGUCUGCUACCAACCAGUGUAUAGAAGAUACUUCCUGUAGAAAGUUGGGCAGAUCUUUGUGUAGGACACGGGUUUUACAUCACACCAAUACUGGCAGUACUGGAGCAAAAAUCUAUGGGACAGGAUUGGACUUUGCAAAUCACACUGUACCAUAACAUUUCAGAACUGAAAUGUCACCAAUUUAUACAUGUGGAAUUCUCAUCAGCGAAGUGCAUGGUUUUAGAUUGGCUUGUAUCCAUUCAUUCAGAAGCAGAACUUCCUGCUGGUGAGAGAACUUUGCACUGAAUGGAAUAUGGGUAUCUAGGUGUUUUAAAGCACCACUUCUGGUUAGAUGGAUCAGUUAAUUAUACUGUGCUGGCACUAUCCACAAAACAAUAAUUGUGUCCAACACUUAUUUGCAUUCUGCAUCAAAUCAUGCUUUGUGUUUUUAAAAAAAGCAUUAUGGAUAAUAAAUGUGUAACUAUUCAUGAA